GUGGGUGGGGGCUGUGAAGAAGACUGUGCAGCGAUAUUAAGAAAUAGGUGACAAGACCCAGGACACACAGUCAGACAUCUAUAGAAGAAGGUGAGAAAAUGACACUGCAAGUGUGCGGCAAAAGGCGGAGAAACAGAUAGGGAGAGAAAGGAGAGGGAGUGGGUUGGGCUUUAGGUAUGAGAGAACAACAGCACAUCAGGGCAGCUGGACGGAGACGGGGAAUCGGAGAGACGAGAAGAGAGGAGGAAUAGAAGAGUGCACGCUUAAGUGGCUGCAAGUGUGUGCGUGUGUCAGUAUGAAAUCAGAGGGAGAUGCUGGGAGAGGAUGAGGAGUAACAGGGUGAGGCAGCUGCGAGAGGCGCUAAGUGUGCUUGUGCACAAGGGUUAGUGUGUGAACAGGGGGAUGCAGUCAUGUCUCUGUGAGAGGGAGCAGCACAGCAACGGUAACCAUGCUGAGCCCCAAGAUAAAACAGGCACGCCGGGCACGAUCCAAGAGCAUGGUGCUUGGAGAAUUGUCUCGACUCUCCAGGCCUUGCUCUCCUCAGGAUCAAGAGAAACCCCUGAAGGCUGGAUGGCUGAAGAGGCAGAGGAGUAUCAUGAAAAACUGGCAGUUGCGAUGGUUCGUCCUGAGGUCUGAAGCUCUGUAUUUCUACAAAGAUCAGGAUGAAAGCAAGGCACAGGGCUGCAUUCCUCUUCAGGGUAGUCAAGUCAAUGAGGUCUCAGCCAAUCAGGAUGAGCCCGGUCGCCAUCUUUUUGAAAUUGUUCCAGGGGGAACCGGAGAAAAGGAUCGAAGUAACAUAAGUCAUGAAUCAUUACUACUAAUGGCUAACUCACAGAGUGACAUGGAGGAAUGGGUCAGAGCCAUACGUAGAGCUAUCUGGGCCCCGCUUGGUGGAGGUGUAUUCGGACAGCACCUACAGGCAACAAUGUCAUACGAGGCACAGUGUGGCCCUCAGCGAGAGGUCCCUCUUCUGGUUGAACUGUGUGCCAGCUUCAUACGUGAACAGGGACUCAAGGAGGAGGGUCUUUUUAGAGCACCUGGGCAAACCAAUCACGUUCGAGAACUGCGGGAUGCCUUUGACCGUGGCGAAAAGCCUGUGUUUGACAGUUCCACUGACGUCCACACAGUGGCAUCACUGCUAAAGCUGUACAUACGAGAGCUGCCAGAGCCUAUAAUCCCUUUCUCCAAAUACACCCAGUUUCUCUCCUGCGCUCAGAUUCUUACCAAGGAUAAAGAAAUGGCCAUCAUAGAACUAAGCAAACAGGUGAAAUCCCUUCCUCAGGUCAACUACAACCUCUUGAAAUACAUCUGCAAGUUUCUGGAUGAGGUUCAGUUGCAGUCCAAUGACAAUAAGAUGAGCGUUCAGAACCUGGCCACAGUUUUUGGACCUAAUAUUCUUCGUCCAAGAGUGGAGGAUCCAGUUACGAUGAUGGAAGGAAGUUCCCAGGUGCAGCACUUGAUGACUGUUCUGAUUAGUGAACACUCUCGACUUUACCCAAAUGAGGACGCCCGAACUGAGAUCAAAUCUCUUCCACCCCAACAGGAGUUUAAACGAUCCAAAGUAGAAUGGGUUUCACAAGAAGAUACUGAACCGCAAAAUCCCACAACAAGUACGAACUCUUCAAACCCCAAAGAAAACCACACACCUUGCACUGCUUCGAUGGACAGUGAGUUGACUGCCUCAAAUUCUGUUGCAUCUGAGAAGGUUGAGAAAAUCCAGAUUAAGAGCAAUGACAUGAACAAAUUAGAUGAAAAAGCCAACAUCAAAACCGAAGGAGAAAGUGAAGUCGCUGUAAGUCCCAGCAAACAGGCCAAAGCUCUACCGUCAUGGAGGUGCUCCUUCAAGGGCAAUGCAGCCUCUGGAGGGGCGAAGGGGAAAAUGGGAGGCUCAGCAGGGGAUGUGUCAGCAUCUGGUGGAAGCCACUGGCUGAUGAAUGGCCUGUCGUCCCUCCGAGCGCACAGACGCACGACCUCAUCAGGUGAAAGAGUGAAAGACUCUACACUGUCUCUAAAGGAUUCCACCCAAUCUCUUAAAGAAACCACUCUUCUGCUCAAGGACACACAGAGAGACUAUGACCUAGAAUCCCCUCAAAGCUCCCAGUCUCACAGAGUCCUCCACAAAUCCCACAGACUCUCUGCCUAUGACAAUGUCGCUCCCUCCAGCCUAAGUCUACCUGCUGAAACUUCAUCUAUCUGGACACCAUUUGAGAUCUCGUUGUCAGACACAGAAGGCAGCGACAAGGCAACAAAGUUAGAACAAGAUGAGGAGAGAACCACAGAGGUGGUAAAUGGAACAAAUGAUAAAGAUAUUGACGGAACAAGUGAAGAAAUCACAAACGAGCUGACCCAACUGAAGCAGGAGCUGAAAAAACAAAAGUUAAACUACAAAACCCGGAUUCGCAAGCUGGAGGAAUCCUGUUUGAAAUACCAGUGCCAAGUAAGCCGCCUCGAGGAGGAGCUGGACCAGGAGAAGAAGAAGUUUCACAUGUUGGAGAUUCGACUCAGGAAUUCAGAGCGGGCACAUCAGGAUGCAGAAAAUCGAAACAUUCUUCUCCAGAAGGAAAUGGAGGAAUUCUUCAAGACGCUUGGCGAUCUAACAACAGGAGCAACAAGGGCCAAUUAGAACUGACCAAACUGCCUUUAUCUGGUCUUGCAGGCACUCGGUCACUGGGUGAACCAACCGGUCCUAAAGCUUUUUAGAAAACAUACCUCUUGUGCAACAAAGAUAGCCAUAUUUCCACUUCAAUGUAGCUGUCCUGUGCCUAUGCUGACCAGUACUGGUGCCAACCAAGAACUCCUCUGGACCAAGAUCUUAGUUUGUCAUUCCAUAAAAUCUAUCACAAGAAUACAUUUUAAAUUUCUCCCUUAAUGACAAGGAAUCCAAAAGUGUUGUAGCAUUUCCAUCUAUACGAUUUUAAAGUCCUGUUUGUUCUUGACAGAUAUUAUAAAAAUGUGAGACUUUAUAAGUAGCAGUUUUAGUUGGGGAACGUCUGAUUUAGAGGCCAAACUUCACAUAACCUUCCAAAACCGCAGCAUGUGAGGAUAACUUUGUUGAUGUUGCUUGGCCAAACCCUACGGAGACGUCUGCACCAUCUGAGAGGUACUGAAUACCAUCAUCGUUCUUAAAAAUGUACCUAAACAAAUGGUGAGAGAAGCUGUGUAGGACUGUUCUAGCUCUCUGUAUGUGCAUCUCAAUUAAUUAGAAUAUCUUCAAAAAUGUCUUUCUGUAAUUGCUUUCAAAAAGUUAUAUAUAUAUAUAUAUAUAUAUAUAUAUAUAUAUAUAUAUAUAUAUAUAUAUAUAUAUAUAUAUAUUUAUUAUGGUGACAGAUGUACAGAGUAUUUCAAGUAUUUAUUUCUGUUAGCUAAUAAAAUCCAAAAUUCACCUUCGCAGAAAAUUGACCGACAAGAUUUUUAAUAUAUUAAAGAGCUACAUUUAUUCAUGUAGAAUAUAUGGACUCAAUAUACUACCAGGGAUCAUCAUGCAUGAAUUAUUACUGCUCAAGACUAAGGUUUAUUGGUUUAUUUUUUAUACCUCUUUUGCCCUGCACUUUUUCCAUCCUCUGAACAUUCUGUUGAUGAGCCAAGAUUUGACACUCUGUGGACAACCAUCUUCUUUAGCAAUGACAUUUUGUGGCACACUCUCUGGAUGUAGAAGGUUAAUGAAAGCCUGCUGUAUUACUGUCAACAGUCUUCAACAUCAUGUGAAAAAUAUGGCCACUUUUGUAUGGAAAUCCUUUAAAAAUAUAUAUCUUAUGUAAAAUGUAGGUUUUCAUUAGCUGUAGGCAAUCAUUAAAACUAACAAACACUUGAACUAAGUCACAUAUAUGUGUAAUGAAUCUCCAUAGGGGUUUCACUUUUUGAAAUAAAUGACUCAAAUAAAAUUUUCAAAGACAAUCUAAUUUAUUGAGAUGCACCCAAAUGAGGGUAAAACCAUAACAAAGGAAGUGCAAGACUUGUGAUGUAAAAUAAGACGACUUGGGACAAUUUUGGUGAUCUACAAAGUGCAUUCAGCUGAGAUGAUACUAAAGGGUUAAUAGCUGGAGCUAUUGAGAAUCUGAGCCAUCAAAAAACACAUAGCCACCAUGGCAGGUUGGAAAAGAACCGGUUUCUGAUCCUAAGAAAACACACAUCUAAAGUAAAAUGUACAGGCAGAUUUAUGACUACACUAAUUCAUAAAUCAUACUACAUAAAACUAAGUUCAUAUGAUUAUCUUUAAGUCUGAUGUAAAUUACAUAUACUAGAUAUCUUCUAGCUUGAAAUAAAUCAUGGAAAACAUCUA